AUGCAAGCGCACUUGCGCUGCUCCACGUACAUCCCACGGAGACGGGAGGCGUUCGCGCUAUACACCACUUCACCUCAAAGUACAGCAUUUACCGACAAUCUUGUUCAAAAAAAAGUUAUGGUAGUUGAACAAUUAUUAGUCACGUGUGUUCGGACAACCUAAAAACAAUUUAUUCAUAGAGAUUCAGUUCAAAAUUCUUUUGUUUUCGGUGCUUUUUGUUAUUCUUAACGUUGGCUUCAAAUUAACAGUAAUUAAAUUUUUUUACCGUGGAAAUUUUUUUAUUUUAUUUUUUUAAUUGAUUGAUUGAAUACGCUAAUAUUUAAGAAAUAAAAAAAGGCGCCAAGGACAUCUGACCAUGUUAAAAUGAAUUUCGAUAUUUUCACUGUCUAUUUUUUCUCAGAAAACAAAGUUUUCGGAAUAAGUUUUAUACUAAUAAAGUUUUAGUUAUAAUUUAAACCACAAGUUAAAAUAAAAAUUUUUUACUUACACGCUCUCGAAACCGAGUACAACAUUUUCAACUUUGCACGGCCUCACGAAGAUUAGGCACCGUAAAAAUUGUAAUUUUUUUGUUUCAAAAGAUUUGUUUUUCACUUAAGAAUCGAAUUCGAAAAUAAAAAAAGGCGCCAACGACAUGGAAUUAGGUUAAAAACCCGAAGAAAAAAAGUAGUUUUGGUUUUUUGUACGACACUCCGCUAAAACGCUACGAAAAUCGGGAGAAAAGUAAAUCAGAUUGAAGAGGAAGGUUUUCUCUAUGUUUCCACUAAUUUUCUCUGUGUUUGGUUCAGUAUUGCGCUUUUACGAAAACAGCAAACACAAAAUCUAAAAAACCAGUGCAUUUCACCAUCGCAAAAAGGGGCGUGGCUCUGCGGUCUCUAUUUAAACGUUUCAUAAAACGUCUUUUCAAAAGAUUUAUUGCAAAAUUAUUGAAUCAAAAGUUGAAAAUCGUACCUAAAGGAGAACGUCAUUUUACUUGGCGGUUGAGAGUUUUCUGAAAUUUGGCCAGGAUACUACUUGAUGUAGAAGAAGUGGAUUCUGAAGGUUCUCAACCUGCACAACUUCCUAGUUCCCAAGAAAUAUGAUCUAAAGCCCCUAAAAAGCUCAUUUAAAUGUGUUUUGAGCGUUUCUCAAAAACUAGAAAGUCGUGCAGGUUGAGGCUCUCAGAAUCUUCCUCUGGUACAUCAAGGAGUCUUCUAGCCACUUUUCUGACCAACCGCAAAGUGUAAUGACCUUCCUUGUAAGGAAAUUUAUAGUCAGCAAAUGGGUUUACACUCCUAAAACUUGAUUUUUCCACACUAAACUUCUACUAUUUUAAAUAUUCAAAACCCCUCCGUUAUACACAAUCAUCAAACCCCAAGAAAAAUUUUGAAUCCAACUAGUUUUCUUUCGAAAAAUCAAUUGUAAAAAUUGAAAAAGGUUUAAGUUUUGCAUUGAUUCCCAUCAGAAACCUCGCCAUUUCAUGCAAACGAUAUUUUCUUCUCUUUCUUCCAAGGAAACUUCACAGCUUUUUUUUUUCAACAAGACAGAUCAAAAACAGAUUUACUUCAAAUAUUCCAUUAAAAAAAUUUUUUUCCAAGUGAUUUGAUCGAAGAUGGAGAUGCCGUUGAUGAUUUUUUUCGUCCACUGCAAAAAUUAAAAAAAUGUUAGAAUAGCUAUGAACAAACCAUUUACAACUUGUCUCGUGUCGCUCUUCUUUCUUCUUUUCCGAUCGAGGAAUGCGAGAUUUAUGCUCGCAGGAAUUCAUUUUUGUUUUGUUUUUUUUUGUCUGUUGCGUUGCGGAGUAUUGUGUGUGUUGUUUGUCUGUUGCAUUGUAGUUUUUUUGGAUUUUUGUUUUUUUUUCGGCCUUCAUUUUUAGACCUUAAAUUUUUUUGGGUUUUUUUGAAAUUAUGAUGUUUUGGGUUAGUUUGGAGGACUGCGAGAACAAAAAGUUCUAGUCCUCCUUCACACCUUCAACCGGUCGAUGGCGACGGCUGUGAAGGAUCAAACAGGAGAAGUAGGAAAAAAAACGUCUACAACUCCUUCGGCACCACGCGGAAAGUGACCAUCCAGCGAAAGCUUGUUCACGAGCUGGCAGGCCUCCGCAACCGUGGAGGUUCGCAAAAACUUGUUCCGAGUGUCUCGGCGAUGGAUGAAUCUUCAUUCGCAUCGCUUCCCCUCCAUAUUCAUAAUUCUCAGGUCCGUUGGAGCUCGACCAAUGCAAAUUGGAGCUCAAAAGUUUUUUCUUCACUUUCCACUCAUCGGUUUCCUUGGCCGAAAAAGGCGAAUAUGCCAAAGUCUAUUGGUUUUCAAGAAAAAAUUCAAAAAUUUGCUCCUGCGUUUUGAGAAGAAUUUCGAGUUUUUGCAUGACUUUGAACUCAGGCAUUUCACCUUCUUCGGUGUUGGGAAACCGACCUAACUAAAAAGAAAGGAGAAAAAGAAGGAGGGUUGGAAGCCCGAUGAAACUUUGCCGGUUUUAGAUCAUUCUCAUUCCAGUUUUUUUUUCUGGGAUGAGGAAGUUCUGAAAAUCGAGUUUCAUCACGUUUGAAACCCUCCAACUUAUGCACCUGACUUGAAUAAAAGUUAGGUUUUAGUUCAUGAGGUUCUGUAAGAGCUUUUGAGUUCUAUUUGCGAAGGUUUCCGUUCCAAGGUGCUGAGAAUCGUCACCAUUCAGGGCUCAGAAAAUGACACUUCUUUCUGGCCGUGUCAGGGACAUAGACGCAUCGUGUAGAUUCGAAUCUUGAAAAGCUUCAACUUCUUUUCGACGAAAGUUUCGCUCCAGAGAAGCAAAACUUUGCAAGUUGAUCAGUCUUUUCGAAAUUCGAAAAAUGCACAUUUUGUCUAUGUAACGACCCCUGCUGAAUGGGCUGUUCUUGCUGCUCACUGCUGUCGGAUGAACUCGACAAACUUUGUUAAAAUGAAUGAAUUCAUCAAAACAAAGUUCAUUGAGUAAAUCAGGAUAGCUGAAAGAAGCUGAGAACCGGAGCCGGGGUCUACAUCGCGGAUCGGGGCGUGGGAUGACUGGAGGGGGAGUGUGAUCGGAAACUAGGAGCAGGAGGAGCUCCAGAAGAGGCCUGCUACUGGUUUCCGACCAUAUUCUCCCUCCAGGCAUCUUGCGCCCCGAUCUGCGAUGUAGACCAGCGGUCGGUUCCUUCAAAAAGUGAUGGGUUGAGAAUCUAACGACACUUUCUCCAGGCGUACUUCAGGACGCUCUGAUAGCUGCUUUUUUUGAAUCUCUGUUUUUCGUUUUGGUCUAGUUUUGGCUCGAUUCGUUGGCAGAGCGAUGUAGUGGCUAGCUAUCUUGCCGGCGGAGCUCGUGAUUAAAGUUCGACUCCGUUCUGGCGAGAAUUUUCAGCCUCGCCAAAACGGAGUCGCACUUUUUUUUGCGGUCUCCGCCGGCAAGAUAAAAAGCCACUACUGCCAACAAAUCGACUUUUGUAUUUGACACUGAUGGAGUGCAAACUAAAAGGCGCUGUAACUCGAUUGAAACGAAAAAAGCGACUGUUCGGACUUUUUUGAAUCAGAGCAUCUUCUGAAGACGGGUGAAGGGAUUUCCCGUUUGAGUACGGUUUCGUUAAAUUCUCAACCCAUCACUUUUUGCGCUUCUCGUGUGAGCAACAAGAUGCGUCAUCUAUGGACGCGCGAGAGGGAUCUUCUUCGGUUUUUGCCGAAAAGAUUCCUCUGUCGGGUCGACAACUACGUCGACCCGCUUAUCGCCGACUUUUUCGGCUUUUGGGGCUCAGCGGAAAUCUACUAACAUGGAAGGUCAUUUUUGCGUAGGGUUUGGAAUUUUCUCCAAAUUUGCUCGAACAAUCUUGGAUGGACUGGGAGUCCCCAUAGUCGUUAUCUGCGCAAACCUUUCGUUUUGAAGAUAUGAAAUUUUCAAGUUUCCGUCCUUAAACACUUGACAUCGUUUGGAAGGAAUGUGUCCAAAAUGCAAUCUGCCAUUGCAUGGAAGCUAGGAGAGUGGUGCAAGGGCUAGUGCGGUAGCCUGCGAAGCUAAUGAUAAGGGUUCGACUUCUUGUGCCGUUAUCGUUUUCAAUCAAAUGAAUUUGAAAAAGACUUUUUUUCUGAUGAUGUGAAGCAUACCGAAACUUCAAGAAAUUUAAAAAAAGAUUUUGUGGAAAAAGUAAUUUUCGAAAAAAAUGGUCAUUGGUCGGUUUUGAAACGGUUCUAAACAUGAAAGUUCGUAAUCUUCAUCACAAUCUGUCGAAAAGAUGAUGGCAAAAAUCAAUAGCGGCAAGAGGAAUCGAACCUUCAUCAUAGGCUUCGCAGGCUACCGCGCUAGCCACUGCACUACGCUCCUAGCUGUCAUACAAUGGCUGGUGGCGCGGACAAUUCCUUCCAAAAGGUGUCACGUGUUUAAGGACAAAAACCUUUGAAUUUCAUAUCUUCAAAACGAGAAGUUUGCACAGAUAGCGACUAUGGGGAAUCGAUUCCCAGUCCAUCAAAGAUUGUUUGAAAAAAUAUAUAGAAAAUUCCAAACCCUACGCAAAAAUGACCUUCCAUGUACACUCAAGAAGUGCGAAAAUAAAGAUUUCAAAAGUUUUCGAAUCUCGGUUCUGUCUUGUUAGAGACGAACUCCCCGAUUCUGAUUUUACUUCUUGAACCUAGGUUUUCUGAUGCUGCGUGAAGGUUCUCAAUUCAAAAGUGCACAAAGCAGACUUUUGUGAGAAAAAAGAAGAAGCUCUCCAAAUUCAAGGUACAAAAGGAAAAAGUAGAAUCAUGUUUUUUGAGUUGGUUUUUGAAAAUAAGGGAAAUCUUGGAAAGGGAACCAUAGUUGUAUUUCGCAAGCUUGCGCCCGACCACAAGCAGGUCACGCCAGUUUCCAGACUCGAAACAAAGAAGCUUUUUCAAUCUCAAACUCUUAAAACAUCCCUUCUUACUUUUUGAAAAAUUGUACUGACCUUUUUUUGGAGAGCAACUUCUUUUGUGAUUCCGCGCUUUCCAGCCGUGUUGUCCAUCUGAAAUAAUUAGGGAUUGAAUUUAUCAGAAAAAAUUAUAUAUAUAAGCGUGGUUUUAUUGUUCCACGUGAAUUUUAAAUUUGGAUCUGGAUUUACGAUCGUUCUUUCUACAGUUUUCAUUUUAUUUUCUUCAAAUUUUUUGCUUUUCUUUUUUCUUCUACAAGGACAUUGCUUCGUAUGAUCUUUUAAGAAAAUUUGUAAGUUUGAAAGAUUUUCAUACGAUUUAGUUUUGUAAUAAUUUUUAAGUAUCAAGAUCAAAAAUGUUGAUCUUUGAAUGAGAUUCAAAUCAUUUUUAGUUAUUUUUGUCCUAACUAGUAAGGUAGUGGUGAAUGGAAGAAGAAAACCACACUUUUUUAAAAAUUUAUUAUUGUUUCAUAACCUGUUAAUUUUCUGAAUGACGUCAUACUUAACGGAAAACUCCUAUUUCGAAGUUGUUUUCACUGGAUAUCUCUUUUUCCAUAGACUUUUUGACAAUGACCGAAUAAGAGGCGGGAAAAGAACUUUUCAAUAAAAAUACCAACCUAGGAAGAUGGCGGCUGGAGCUGGGACCGGAGCGGCUCUUCUUCCUCUGGCAUGCUGCCAAGAGAGAAGCUGAGGGACCGGCCGAACGGUGCCGCGGCGGAAAGCGGGAAUGGGCCAUCUCGUGCCGGUGUCAGACGUCCGGAGCCCAAUCGAUCGGGCCGCAGACGCAGAGGGACGCUGUAAACUUGCCCCCAAUGCCGCUCACUGUCAAGCUCCGGCUGCCUGGUAGCUAG